AGCACAGCAGAGCGCACGCGCGGGCGCACGAACGAAAGCAGAGCCCGCUCGAGCCCUUCCUUUCCCUUUCCCGCGCCCUCUUCAACGGCCGCCUUCGCGCUCUCAUCUGUGCGGAGACCGGGCGCCCGCGCCGCCCCCUCCCAGCCCUCCGCGGGGAAGGGAGGCGGGCCUGCUGAGUUUCCUCCCCGUUCCAAUCGGUUUCCUGUCCCGCCCGUUUCCCCACCUCCGUCCCUCCCGCCCCAUCAGUGUCUGACUGGCCGCCGCAAGAGGAGAAGCCAGUGUAUGUGCGGCAACAACAUGUCUGCUCCGCUCCCAGCCAUUGUCCCGGCCGCAAAGAAGGCCACCGCCGCGGUCAUAUUUCUCCAUGGAUUAGGAGAUACUGGGCAUGGCUGGGCAGAAGCAUUUGCUGGUAUUAGGAGUCCACACAUAAAGUAUAUUUGUCCACAUGCGCCUGUCAUGCCAGUUUCUCUCAACAUGAAUAUGGCCAUGCCUUCCUGGUUCGAUAUUUUUGGACUUGCUCCAGAUUCACAGGAAGAUGAAGCUGGGAUCAAGCAAGCAUCAGAGAAUGUGAAUGCACUUAUAGAACAAGAAGUAAGGAAUGGAAUACCCUCAAACAGAAUAAUUUUGGGAGGAUUCUCUCAGGGAGGAGCUUUAUCUUUGUAUACUGCCCUCACAACACAUCAGAAGUUAGGGGGUGUCAUAGCACUCAGCUGUUGGCUUCCGCUGCGGACUUCAUUUCCACAGGGUUCCAUGAAUUGCAUCAAUAAAGACAUUUCUAUUCUCCAGUGCCAUGGUGACCGUGAUCCUUUGGUUCCACUAAUGUUUGGAACUAUGACUUCUGAAACACUAAAGAAAAUGUUAAAUCCUGGCAACAUAACUUUCAAAACUUACUCAGGCAUGAUGCAUAGCUCAUGUAUUGAGGAAAUGAUGGAUGUGAAGCAAUUUAUUGACAAGCACCUACCUCCAAUUGACUGAAGUAUGUGAGAAGCCUUCUGUUAAAUGCACCAGCAUCAUCUGUAUUAGAUUGUUUUCUUUUUCAUGUAGCUAUUUCUAAAGUAUCUCUGUGCCUACAGUAUUAACUGUACUGCAAAGAUAAGAAACUAUAACUUCAUGAGAAACAAUACUCCUCUCAAAUCCAAUUGGCCAUAACAUAAAUGUAUGGCAGUGGAAAGGCAUGUUGGAAUAUAAUUAGGUAUUCUCUUCCUUGCUAGAUCAUUCCAAAUUUGAAGUUCUGAAGCCCUUUUAUAAUUCAGAGCAAGUUUUUUCCAAAUCCUGUUAUAUUUCUGCUUGCUAAAUUGACACUUGUAUAUGCAGUAUGUAAAACUGAAUAAGCAUGUAGAAUGAAUAUUCUUAAGGUUCACAUUUAACCAAUAUUAUUGCAUGUGCAAGAUAAGACUGUCAAGUCUUUAAAUUAUCCCUACACCUUGGAGGAACAUAGUGUUGUAUCUUAAAUGUGUGCCAUGCUACUUGGAAUCUUGGAAAAAGUAUUUGAUCUCUAUACAAAAGUUUCCCAUUCAGCUGUCCUGAAAUAAAUUUGAAUACAAAUGUCUUUCAAACAAUUAUAUAUCAAACUAUGAUAAAAAUCAUUAGAAUUUUUAGUAUAUUGCAAAAUUUGAGCUUCCAAAAGCUAUUCUGAGUAGCUAACUUCUCAUCUUUAUAACUUCUUAUAAAAUCAAAAUCAGAAAAUAGAUUGUAUGUAUUUGUAUUAACUUGUUCUGUUUCAGAGAAAUCAGGAUUGGUGGUUAAAGCAUUGCAUAACCAACUGACAUAAGAGGCAAGAGAAGGGUGCACACGGAACAAAAUAUAUUUAGUUUUGAACCUGAAACAAGCCAUCACUCUGUGGAAAUUUGGCUGAACUGUUUUAAGUCAACCACAGCUCAGCAGGCAUGUAGUAUUUAGUUGUUCAAAACAAAAUCUGGAGGGAUACCAGAAUGGGUUUUGGAGAAAGUAGGACAAGAUGGUGCACACUGCUUCCUCCUCAGCAUGGUGUAUGCAUUGCUGCCACCUCCCUGCUCUUUCCAUGGCCUGCCUUCAACCACUACCACUGAUAUCCCAGCAUGGCACAUUUCACUGCCUGCCUGUUCCACCCCACCUCCCAAAGGAUUUUCCCAGCACCUUCCUUUCUCUCCCCAGUUGUCAUUGAUAUCCAAUAUGCCAUCACCAACGCAUAUUGGAUAUGCCUUGGUGAUGGCAUAUCCAAGGCAAGACCCUUCAGCCUUGGCUGUUUCCUGCUCUUUCCUUUACCAUUGAAUGACAAAGCAUGAUUGAGUUUGGCAUAGAUCACCGCAAACUAGCUGUUCCAUUCAUAAAAUAGUUUGUGCAACCAAAAUUUUCUACAUCCCUAGACCCAGUCAUUCAGAAUAAGGUACUACAGUUUCACCCUUGUCAUGGCAAAUCUUCCAUCUCAAUUCUUAAUAGGACUUGAAGUUUUUGUCAGAACUGAAAAUGUAUUCCUACAAGAUAGCAAAUAAAACUUCCUGCAAACAUUUCACAAAAUCAAAAUACACAUUUUGUAUACGUAGAUAAUUCUAUACAUGUUACUUCUAUGUGUGCUUUAUUUCUGUACAUAUAGAAACAAAAAUUACCUUAAUUCUAUAGCAUGAGUAUAAGAAUUCCUUUAGGAAUAGUGCUAUAGGUUUUGUAGUCAGGAUUGUAUGUAUGGGGGAAAAAACUGGAUAUGUUAUUUCUCUUUCAGGCCAUUCACCCUAUCCCAUUAUUUUCCUGAUUCUAUUAGCAUCACAUUGCUACUAUGUAUCUAUUGUUGAUGGUGAAUGGCACCUUCUAAGAUUUCUUCUAUUCAUUUGAUUUUAUUUAAGAAUAGACAUGGAGCCUGAUUGGAAGCACUCAUUACAUCUGCAGCUGAUAAGCACUUAAAUAGUUAAAAAUGAAAUUGAGGUUACAUGUUGGGGAAUGGGUAAUCUUGCCCUUUGACACUUUUGUCCAUGUUCUGGCAUCACAUUUUGAUUCUUGCUGGGCCUUUAGAUUAUUAAACUGAGGGCCAUCUAUAUACCAGCAAAAUUGGGCAAGAAAUCUGUGUUUGGAAUAUACAACUUCAGAUUGUAAAAUUUUUCCGGUGUAUGAUGCGAACAUCCUGGAGGUUUAACUUGGCUUAUUCUUUAAUUACUGGUUUACUAUAUGCUGGAAUUGGGAGAGCAAUGAAACCUAUAGUAUGUUCCCUGUUGUAGCCUGAAACAUAUUUUAAAAUACAGAUUCUGGAUUCUGCUGAACUGAAUUUGGCCCUUGAAAGAAGUAAAUGUGUCUGUAGUCAAAGCAUCUCUGGCCUAUUAAUUAUGGGAAUCUCUGCAAGUUUGUAUACAUAGGACUUGAAUAUGGGAACAGUAUGAUUUUAUCAGUUUAUUUUGUUUUUAUUGGGACUAGUUUCUUAUACACAUGCUAGGUCCAAGAAGAAAGCAUUGUGACAGUAUUCAGAGAUUUUUUAUAAGCGAUAAUGUGCAAGAUUUUAGAACAUUGGCUUAACAGAAAGUAAUCUGUUAAAAUGUUUAUUAUGUAAUGGUAACUGUCUAGAACAGUUCUUUUCUUAAAAAUCAGAAAUGUAAAACAAACCAAAACUUUGAUUUAUAUCAUUUUUUAACUUAAAAGACUAUGUGAAACUACUGACAUCAAAAUAUAGUACAAUAAUAGAUGUUCAGUUUACUUUGGAAUCUGACAUACAAUACUUUGCUAAACAAUCCAACUUUAAUAUUGAAAUUUGUUUUUAAUUGGAAUGUUUGAAUAAAAUUGCCAGUAUUCAUUGUAUUAUAUCAUAGCUUAAAUGCUGUGACAACAGAGGCAAAUCUAAUAGAUUUAUCAGGAUUUUCAUCCUGAUAGGGUUAAGUUUUUAGUUUAUCUUGAAGUAUUGUAUAGUGUUCAUUGCAGUGAAUUGCUGAGGGAGUACUCUAACAUGAAUUUCUGGUCUGUUAAUUGAAUGUUUGCCUUAGGAAGUGUAUUUGCACUUCAGUAAAUUCUAAAUGCAUCUUUUUUUAAAAUAAAUAGGUGCUAUUGACUGUCAAAUAUUGUUUCUGGAAAGUAUGUAUAGGAUGUAAAUGAAGCCAUAUGUUAAGGCUGGAGUAUUUUAUAAACAACAAUUUGGCUUUUCUUUAUCCUAAAUUUUAGGAAGUUCAUAGCUAAGAUUACACCUUGAUUUUAUACUAUGUUUAUGUUAAGAAAUCUAUUGAAACAUCUUAGAUGGAAAUUGUAAUCUGUUACUGUGAAUAAACUCUGAACAAUCAA